GGAGAAGAAAAGACAAAUCAUGAAGGGCAGGAAGACGAAGGGUUGCUUAUUACAGUACUAUUCUUUUGAGUAGCUAUCUGGCAUAAGUUUGAAGUUUGCCCAUUGUGUCUCUGCAUUUCUUCUUUGAUGACUAAUUUCUUCUUUGAUGACUACUAAAUAGAAUCUAACUUUUGAAUGCAGAAAAAUAAAUGGAGACACUAAUGCCAUAUUGGAGUUUCAUUAUCAACUUGAACAAGUUUCCACUGUUCAAUCUUGAAAAAGCGGUAUGCAACCACGGGUUUUUCAUGAUGGCCCCCAACGAUUGGGAUCCAUCUACUAAAGGCUUUUCUCGUCCUCUGCGACUGGCAGAUUCCAUCACAUCUGCUAUGACUACCAUUUCACAACCUCCCAGAAAGGAUCAUCUUGUCGUUAAGGUUUAUGGUUCAAGUGUUCUUUUUCUUGAGGAUGAGAGAGCCAUCCAGUCUCAGGUGAUGAGAAUGCUAAGACUCUCUGUUAAGGAUGAACAAGAUGUGGGACAUUUUCAUAAGCUUCAUCCAGAUGCCGAGGCCAAAGGAUUUGGCCGGUUGUUUCGAUCUCCAACCUUAUUUGAAGAUGUGGCCAAGUCUCUUCUUCUUCGCUUUUGCCCAUGGAAGACAUCUUUGGAUCUUGCAAAGGCUCUUUGUGAUCUACAACGUAAAAAAUUCAUGUCCAAAAGAAAGAUUGGAGACUUUCCGAGUCCACAAGAAUUAGCAAGUUUUAGAGAGGAAGAGCUAAAACGCAAAGCCAAUUUUGGAUUUAGAGCAAAGGACUUGAUUAUGUUGGCUAAACAAGUUGUCGAUAGAAAGAUUGACUUGUCUAAGUUUGAAAAAUACGAUGCUGAUGCAAGGACGUUUAAUGUGAACAUAAAUGGGGCUGGUCCUUUCACUACUCAUACUAUCAUGAUGUGUGCUGGAUAUUAUGGUAAUAUUCCGAUUGACAGUGAAACGGUGCGUCAUAUGAAAGAGUUUCAUGGACUUAAUAUAAAAAAGAGGAAAAAGGAAUCACUUAGUCCCAAAAUACAACAAUUUUACAAGCAUUAUCAUCCAUUUGAGUCGUUGGCUUACUGGUUUGAACUUGCCAAUUCUUAUGAAAUAAAACUUGGCAAGGCAUUAAGUAAGUUGUUACAGUCAGAGUAUCAGUACGCUACUGGAAACUAUGAAAAGAAUAAGAAUGAAGAAGAAGAAGGGGAGGAAGAAUUAUUAAAUGUAACAUUAUAGACGUGUACGUUUUAGCUGCUUCAAAUUUUAAUUAGCACUAGAUAGCUUGAAUCACGUAUGAAUGUCUGUCAUUAUUUUAUAAGUUUAGCUGAUUAAGACAUAGUUUUAGAUGUAUGAUUGUACCCUCUCUGGUUCUUAAAUUUUUGAGUGUGUUUUUUAUAUAAGGCAAUGUGUUAUGUCGUAG